AUGACAAACCACCAAACCUCGUACAACAUAGCGAUCAUCUUGUUCGCGACGCUCGGCAGCCUGACGUAUGGAUAUUCUACAUCCAUCAUCGCGACGACCCUUGGGCAGCCGACUUUCAAACAGUAUUUUGAUCUUCUCGAUGCCGCCUCCUCGUCAGCCAUUACCGGCGGUCUGAAUGGACUGUACCAAGCUGGUGGUCUGUUUGGCGUCCUCUCCACCGCUUGGGCAUCUGACCGGUAUGGCCGCAAGGUGUCAAUUGGGGUCUAUUCCAUUAUCAGCAUCUUGGGCGGCGCUUUGCAAGCCGGCUCGGUUCACAUCGGCAUGCUGAUGACUGCAAGAGCAAUCACGGGCCUGGGCAUUGGUGUUUUCAUCCUGGUGGGAUAUUCACUCGCCAGCUGGGUUGGAGUUGGCUUCUAUUUUGUCAACCUCCACGGGGCUCAGUGGCGGCUUCCACUUGCGCUACAAGUUAUCCCCCCGCUUGCCCUUGUUCUUGGAAUCAAGCGGCUGCCAGAAUCACCGCGAUGGCUAAUCAUCAACACCCGGCACAAAGAGGCCCUUGGAAUUCUCCAGAAACUUCACGGUGAUGGCGCACCCGAAAGUGAAGACUACGUGCAGCGGGAGUUCAGCACCAUCCGGGGCCAAAUCGAAGCUGAUAGCGCCCACCCAACGUCGUGGGCGUCGUUGUUCAAAGUCCGCUCGUACCGGAAACCACUCCUCGUCGGCUUCGGAACCAUGUUUGGCGCCCAAUGA